AUGCUGAGUGUGGGAACUCAACAACAAACUUUCAGCAGGCAAAACAUCAUGAGCUUUAUCAUACUGAUAUUCUCCUUUGUUUCUUACUUUUGUCCACUUCUGAAUAUAAGUUACUGUCCUUCAUCAGAAAUUGAUCUCGCACAGGGGAAAAACUUGAUCGUUGUUGUGUACAAUGCUCUUGGAUGGGAAAGAGAUGAUGUAAUUCGGAUUCCUGUGAGUCCUGCAAUUCUGUUCUUAGUUUAG